AUGGAUCCAUGUCCUUUUGUACGGCUUACAAUAGAUUCUCUAGCUCUGAGACUACCGGAGACGGCUACGAACAAGCAAAUCGGCGGCGAAGUACAUCCUUCUUCGACCCCUUGUUACUGCAAACUCCGGAUCAAACAUUUCCCUUCACAGAAAGCACUUCUCCCUCUCUCUUCCUUCUCCGACGCUUCCUCUCCGCCGGAAUCCUCAACUUCAGCUCCCGGAUUUCACCUCGACGCCGAUGCGAUCCGACGAGUCUCCGGUAAGAAGAUCUCACUCCGUGUCUCUGUUUACGCCGGUCGUACUGGUCACACUUGCGGCGUCGCUUCCGGGAAAAUUUUAGGAAGAGUCGAAGUAGCGGUGGAUCUCGCGGCGGCGCUUUCCAGAACCGUCGCGUUUCAUAGCGGUUGGAUGAAACUCGGUGGUGAAGGAGAUAAACCGUCGGCUCGGUUACAUCUAUUGGUACGCGCUGAACCGGAUCCUCGGUUCGUGUUUCAGUUCGGCGGUGAACCGGAAUGUAGCCCUGUGGUUUAUCAGAUUCAAGGGAAUAUCAAACAGCCUGUCUUCAGCUGCAAAUUCAGCUCCGAUCGUAACGGAAGAUCUCGGUCUUUACCGUCUGGAUUUACAUAUAGUAGUAGAGGAUGGAUUACAAGAACAUUGUCAGGUGACCAAUGGGAGAAGAAACAAGCGAGAGAGCGUAAAGGUUGGAUGAUAACGAUCCAUGAUUUGUCGGGAUCUCCAGUAGCAGCAGCUUCUAUGAUCACUCCUUUCGUGGCGUCUCCAGGGUCAGAUCGUGUCUCGAGAUCUAACCCUGGCGCGUGGCUUAUCCUCAGGCCUCAUGGGACUUGUGUUAGCAGCUGGAAACCGUGGGGACGGCUCGAGGCUUGGCGUGAGAGAGGAGCCGUUGAUGGAUUGGGUUACAAGUUCGAGCUUGUGAGGGAUAACAGUACUAGUACCGGCAUUCCUAUUGCAGAAGGGACAAUGAGCACAAAGCAAGGAGGCAAAUUCAGCAUCGACAGGAGAGUGAAUGGCCAAGGAGAGUCGCCGGCAAGAUCAUCGCCGGUGAAAGGUUUCGUGAUGGGAUCGAGCGUCGAAGGAGAAGGGAAAGUGAGCAAACCGGUCGUUCACGUCGGAGCACAGCACGUGACCUGCAUGGCGGACGCAGCUCUCUUCGUGGCUCUCUCCGCCGCGGUUGACCUAAGCGUCGAUGCGUGUCAGCUUUUCUCUCGUAAGCUCCGUAAAGAGCUUUGUCACGACGACCAAAGCUCCUUCUCAUGA